AUAAGAACACACAUUCUUGAGAUAAACAUUAUCAAUAAGAUGUCAGAGGGAGGAGAUGAUUUAGUCACAAUCAACGGUACUCUACAGAAACACAUCAACACACUGGCUUGUAAAACACAUCAUAAAUGUGAUGUCUGUGCUAGGGAAUUUAUUCAAAGUGGUGACUUAAAAAAACACCUGAGAACACAUACUGGUGAAAAACCUUAUAAAUGUGAUGUUUGUGCUAAAGCAUUUAGUCAAAGUAGUCACAUAAAGAGACACUUGAUAACACAUUCUGGUGAAAAACCUCAUGAAUGUGAUGUUUGUUUUCGAAAAUUUACCCACAUUGCUAACUUAAAGAGACAUAUGAGAACACAUACUGGUGAAAAGCCUCAUACAUGUAACGUUUGUGCUAGUGAAUUUUCUCAAGGAAGUCAACUAAAAGCACACAUGAGUACACAUACUGGAGAUAGUCCUCAUGGCUGUGAUGUAUGUGGUAAAGGUUUUCGUUUUCUAAGUUAUUUACAGAUUCACAUGAGAACUCAUACAGGCGAUAAACCCCAUGAGUGUGAUGUUUGUGAUAAAAGCUUUAGUCAGCAUGGAACUUUACGGAUUCACAUGAGAACUCAUACAGGUGAUAAACCUUAUGACUGUGGUGAAUGUGGUAAAGGGUUUAGUCACCGUAGUAAUUUACAGAGACACACGAGACUACAUACAGGGGAUAAACAUGAUAAACCUCAUGACUGUGAUUUAUGUGGUAAAGUGUUUCAUAAUAGGAUGAUUUUACGGUACCACAUGACAACACAUACAGCUGAUAAACCUUAUAACUGUGGUGAAUGUGGUAAGAGGUUUAGUGAUAGGAUGAUUUUACGUGAACACAUGAGAACACAUACAGCUGAUAAACCUUAUAACUGUGGUGAAUGUGGUAAGAGGUUUAGUAAUAGGAUGAUUUUACGUGAACACAUGAGAACACAUACAGCUGAUAAACCUUAUAACUGUGGUGAAUGUGGUAAGAGGUUUAGUAAUAGGAUGAUUUUACGUGAACACAUGAGAACACAUAUAUACAGGUGUUAUGACUGUGAUACAUGUGGUAAAAGAUUUUAUCAGAGUGAUGCUUUACAGAAACACAUGAGAACACAUACAAGCGAUAAACCGAAAUUUUUUGCAGACUCUGUCAUGUCUGUAUAUGUUUUAGAUAAAUCUUUGUGUUUGCUAAGACACGUGAGAACACAUUUUGGUGAUAAACCUCGUGGGUGUGAUGUAUGUGGUAAAGCAUUUAGUCUCCUUGGUAAUUUACAGAGUCACAUGAGAACACACACAGAUGAGAAACCUUAUAACUGUAAUAUAUGUGGUAAACUGUUUAAUCAGUAUAGUAAUUUACAGAGUCACAUGAGAACACAUACAGGAGAUACACCAUAUAACUGUGAUGUAUGUGGUAAACGGUUUAGUCAGCUUAGUAUUUUACAGAGACAUAUAAGAAUACAUACAGGUGAUAAACCUUAUGACUGUAAUGUAUGUGGUAAAGGAUUUAGUGAGCAAGGUAAUUUACAGAAUAACAUGAGAACACAUACAGGUGAUAAACCUUAUCAAUGUGAUGAAUGUGAUAAAAGGUUUAAUCAUCCUAGUAAUUUACAACGUCACAUAAGAAUACAUACAGGUGAUAAACCUCAUAGCUGUGAUGUAUGUGGUAAAAGGUUCAGUGAGCAAGGUAAUUUACAAAUUCACAUGAGAACACAUACAGAAGAUAAACCUCAUGAAUGUGAUGUAUGCGGUAAACGGUUUACUCAGCUUGUUAGUUUACAAAUUCACAUGAGAACACAUACAGGCGAUAAACCUCAUUACUGUGAUGUAUGUGGCAAAAGGUUUAGUCGACUUGGUAAUUUACAAAGUCACAUGAGAACACAUACAGGCGAUAGACCGCAUGUCUGUGAUGUAUGUGGGAAAAGUUUCAGUCAGCAUAGUAGUUUAAAAAGACACACGAGAACUCAUACAGGUGACAAACAUGAUAAACCUCAUGACUGUGAUGUAUGUGGUAAAGGGUUCAGUCAGCUUAGUAGUUUACAGAUUCACAUGAGAACACAUACAGGGGAAAAACCUUAUAACUGUGGUGUAUGUGGUAAAAGGUCUAGUCAGCGUAGUGAUUUACAAAGACAUAUGAGAAUACAUACAGGUGACAAACCGCAUGUCUGUGAUAGACACAUGCUAACACAUUCUGGUGAUAAACCUCAUGACUGUGAUGUAUGUGGUAAAGGGUUUAAUCUCCUUGGUAAUUUACAGAGUCACACGAGAACACACACAGAUGAGAAACCUCAUAACUGUAAUAUAUGUGGUAAACUGUUUAAUCAGUAUAGUAAUUUACAGAGUCACAUGAGAAAACAUACAGGAGAUAAAUCAUAUAAUUGUGAAUUAUAUGGUAAACGGUUUAGUCAGCAUGGUAUUUUGCAGAGACAUAUAAGAAUACAUACAGGUGAUAAACCUUAUGACUGCAAUGUAUGUGGUAAAGGAUUUAGUGAGCAAGGUAAUUUACAGAAUCACAUGAGAACACAUAGAGGUAAUAAACCUUAUCAAUGUGAUGAAUGGGAUAAAAGGUUUAAUCAUCCAAGUAAUUUACAACGUCACAUAAGAAUACAUACUGGAGAUAAACCACAUAGCUGUGAUGUAUGUGGUAAAAGGUUUACUCAGCUUGAUAGUUUACAAAUUCAUAUAAGAAUACAUACAGGCGAUAAACCUCAUUACUAUGAUGUAUGUGGCAAAGGGUUUAGUCGCCUUGGUAAUUUACAAAGUCACAUGAGAACACACACAGGCGACAGACCGCAUGUCUGUGAUGUAUGUGGGAAAAGUUUCAGUCAGCAUAGUAGUUUACAAAGACACAUGAUAACUCAUACAGGUGACAAACCACAUGACUGUGAUGUAUGCGGUAAAAAGUUUGGUCAUCAUACUAAUUUAAAGAAACACACGAGAAAACAUACAUGACAGGCGUUAAACGAAAUGAGUGUGAUGAAUGAGAUAAACGGUUAGUCAGCUUGUUAGUUUACAAAUUUACAUGAGAACACAUACAGGUGAUAAAUCUCAUUACUGUGAUGAAUGUGGUAAACUUUUUUAAUCAGCUUGGUAAUGUACAAAUUCACACACAUACAGGCGAUAAACCUCAUUACUGUAAUGUAUGUCGUAACUUAGGUUUAGUCAGCUUUGUAAUUUACAGAGACACAUGAGAACACUCACAAGUGAUAAAUCUCAUUAAUAUGAUGUAUGUGGUAAAGAUUUUAGAUUGCUUGAUCAUUUAAGAAGACACAUUAAAACACAUACCGGUGACAAACCUCACGAAUGUGAUGUAUGUGGUAAAGGUUCAGUGUCAGAGCAUGGUAGUUUGAAAAUUCACAUGAAAGAACACAUACAUGCGAUAAACCUCAUGAGUGUGAUGUAUGUGGUAAACGGUUUACUCAGCUUAGUAGUUUACAAAUUCAUGUGCACAUGCUAACACAUACAGGCAAUAACCCUCAUUACUGUGAUGUAUGGGGUAAAGGGUUUAGUCACCAUGGUAAUUUACAAAAACACAUAAGAACACACACAGGUGAAAAGCUGCCUGAUGUUUGUGUUCAUGGUUAUAUCAGUUAUUCAGUAAAGGGUUUAAGUCAAAUUUGUAAUUUGC